UAGGAGAAUGGUUAUGGUGGUUGAGCACUAUUUCUUCUUUGGGUGUAGGGCCUCUAAACAUAGAAAGGAGUACAGAUGACUCCCCAUUUCUAUUGGUGUUUGCUUCGUUGACACACUACACAUAAAAAUAAUAGUCGGGAGGGCAGAAGAGCACCAAAACGGAAAGGAAGAGCAAGGCAGCAGAGACCCAGCAUGUACAGGGACGUAUCAGCUUGUAACACUUACAACUAUGGAGAUGCCCUGUACUGGAACUCCCGGUACGUGCAAGAGGCCGGGUCCUUCGAUUGGUACCAGCGUUACUCGGCUUUGCGCCCCUUUGCACGCAAAUAUAUCCCCACCUCUUCUCGUGUCCUCAUGGUUGGCUGCGGCAAUGCUGUUAUGUCAGAAGAUAUGGUCAAGGAUGGGUAUGAAGACAUAAUGAACAUUGAUAUUUCCUCUGUGGUCAUUGACAUGAUGAAAAGGAAGUAUGGGUAUAUACCUCAGCUAAAAUACAUGCAAAUGGAUGUUAGAGAUAUGAGCUUCUUUUCAGAUGAAUCGUUUCACAGUGUCAUUGAUAAAGGAACUCUUGAUUCUUUGAUGUGUGGUACUAAUGCUCCUAUUAGUGCUGCCCAAAUGCUGGGAGAAGUUAGCAGGCUUCUUAAACCUGGAGGGGUUUAUAUGCUGAUAACUUAUGGUGAUCCAACUGUAAGGAUUCCUCAUUUGAACAGACCAGUAUUCAAUUGGAAAAUUACAUUGUACAUUAUACCGAGACCAGGAUUUGAAAGGCCGGAUGGUUGCUGUUCGUCAUCAAAGUCAUUCCUGGAACCUGUUCCUCUGACGGAGAAGGGCCUGCUUCCAGCAGACUUUGUUCUGGAAGAUCCAGAUUCCCACUAUAUAUAUGUGUGCCAGAAAAUGGAUGAAACAAUAGUGGAUAUAAGCCAUCCAACCAUGCAACAGGUGUGAGCACAUGUACCUGAUGAAAGGGAGGGUAAAAGAAACCUGAUUCUCAUUGUAUUUAGCCUUGAAAGCUCUAAUACCAUCAUUCAAACCAUUUAAUUUUCAGAAGUUCUUGUCUAACCUCAAGUGUUUACGACUUAGGAAGGCUAUCCAGGAUUCCAGUGUAACUUGUAAGCUUCAUACCAAAAUUUAUGAUUGAUGAUUAGCUUUGGACCUUGUUAUGGUGUGGUGUGCAGAUGUGUAAAAAUAUCAGUACUUGAACCAAAACCAAUUCGCAUGGCUUCAUGUAGACCACAUUUUACAUACUUAAUGUUGGCAAUUGAUCAA